GUUACCAAGGAAACGCACACGUAGGCAGGAAGAGGAAGUGAAGUUCGCCUCGGUGGUAAAGUUUAUUAGCCAAAAAUUUAAGCUGACAGAUUUGUGUUUUUGCAGUUAUGGGUACCACAGCCACUAAAUUACCUAAGGAUCAGUUGUCGGAGUAUCAGGAGCUCACAUUCCUCACGAAACAAGAAAUUCUGUUGGCGCACAAGAGAUUCACUGAACUCCUCAACAGAAAUGACAGGCAACAAAUUAAUUCCCGUGUUCCCAUGAGUAAAAUUUGUACUUUGCCAGAGCUCAAGUCCAAUCCCUUUCAAAAAAGAAUCUGCCACGUCUUCUCCACGUCAGAGAUUAAGGAUGGGAGCUUAAGCUUUGAAGACUUCUUGGAUCUUUUGAGUGCCUUCAGUGAUUCAGCAACACUUGAAAUCAAAUCACACUAUGCAUUCCGAAUAUUUGAUUUUGAUGAUGAUGGGACACUCGAUUAUGGAGAUCUUGAGAAGUUGGUGAACUGUCUGACUGGGGAGUCAGCAGACACAAAACUCACUUCUGAAGAAAUGAAUCAGCUCAUAAACAAUAUCCUUGAGGAAUCAGACAUCGAUAAAGAUGGAACUGUAAACCUCUCUGAAUUUCAACAUGUUAUCUCCAGGUCUCCAGAUUUUGUCAGUUCAUUCAAGAUUGUGCUGUGAAGAUUAUGGAGAACCAAAGACAUUUUUUUAAAGUCCAGCUUGUUUUCAACACGCGUGCACUUUGCCCUUUACCCAACAGAACCUAUAUAACAUGAACUGUGGUAACUGUUUUUCCAUAACUGCCUUUGUAAUUGCAAAAAAUAAUUCUAAUUAUCUAUAAUUAACUAUUAUUUCUUACUAGUUUGUACACUUGUGUUGGAGAUGUAUUUGUAUAUUUGAUAAAUGCUUGUAAUUUUUUUCCUUUA